ACUUUGUUGGGGAGCCAUGAACCGUCGUCCAUCCAGCUGUGGGUGUCCUACAACCGCCAGCCAAUGAAAGCCGCCCAGUUUAUGACCCGCCACCCAAUCACAGUGAGUCUCCAGGCGUGCUUCGCCACACCAAAACAUCCUCUCUGUGGCUCCUAGUAGACUCCUAGUCUAGAGAACAAACCUGUCACUGUAUCGUUGAGAAACUGGGAAAUGUGUUUGUAAUGAAAUGCUAUAACUAUGCUAUGUACAGUUGAAGUCGGAAGUUUACAUACACUUAGGUUGGUGUCAUAACUUGUUUUUCAACCACUCCACAAAUUUUUUGUUAACAAACUAUAGUUUUGGCAAGUCGGUUAGGACAUCUACUUUGUGUAUGACACAAGUGUAAGUCGCUUUGGAUAAAAGCGUCUGCUAAAUGGCAUAUUAUUAUAAGUAAUUUUUCCAACAAUUGUUUACAGACAGAUUAUUUCACUUAUAAGUCACUUGGCUCUGUCAUAUCCUCACAUGGUCUCUCCUAUCAUUGCUACGCUUGGAAAUUGCUCCCAAGGAUGAACCAGACUUGUGGAGGUCUACCAUUUGUUUUUCUGAGGUCUUGGCUGAUUUCUUUUGAUAAUGCCCUACACAAAUAAGGAAAACUGCUCAAUGUCUCUCUUCUUCUCCUGCAGGAGUACUACAUCGCUGAUGCCUCGGAGGACCAGGUGUUUGUUUGCGUCAACCACGUCAACAACGUCACCCACCUGUACAUCUCAGACACGCAGGGCCUGUCCUUCUCCCUGUCCCUGGAGAAUGUUCUAUACUACAGCCCAGGGGGUUCAGGCAGCAACACCCUCAUCAGGUAGGCACAGUGUUCCUAGUCCUAGUGCUUCUCAAUACUCUACUGUGGGGGUGGGGUGGGGGGUUGCACAAUUUUGCUCCAGGCCAGCACUUACACACCUGCUUCCUCUAUUUGACCUAAUCAACCAAUCUCGGGUUGCACAUUUUUGUUUCAGGCCUGCCCAGCACUAACCCACCUGAUUGAUCUAUAACUAAUCACGGGUUGCACAUUUUUGUUCCAGCCCAGCACUAAAUCAUUAGAUUCAGCUAAUUGACUUAUCACCGUGAUUAGUGGCUUGUUAGUGCUGGGCUAGAACCAAAAUGUGCACCCCUUUGGUGUAUCCCCCAGGAACAGUUUUGGAAACACUGCAGUGUUCUACUAAGCAACGAUGAUCUGAGAUCUGGGUUCAAAUAGUAUUGGUAUCUCUCAAAUACUUAAGCUGCCCUUGAUUGAGCUUACCUGACACAACAGAAUCAAAAGGAAAGUCCCAAAACUGCAAACCCUGCCCAUCUGACACUCCAGGCAGGCUCAAUCAAUCUCCCAAAGCAUUUAAAAGAAAACCAGUUCUAUUUGAACCCAAGUCUGCAAUAUACUGAAGUGACUCACAGUUAAGGCAGCCUAAUUAGUAGGCUACCUUCUGAGAUCUAUAGUGUCUUGCUAGGAACAAACGUAACAGAACUCCUUGAUCAAGUACACACAUCCUUGGAUCAAGUAUACCCACCUUGAUCAAGCGCACCCACCCAACUUGAUUUAUUUUGAAGGAGAGAUGAGAGGAGGCUGUUCGAUCAGUGCUACGUCUGAUCAUGCCAGCACUGGGGGACCUCCUGGUGUGCAUUCCUUGUGACCACAAUGAGUCAGCAUGUGUGUGUGUGUUUUCUCCUCAGUGUUGGUAAACAACAGCAGGGCCUUUGCAUGUGUUUAAAUGUUUACAUCCCAGUGACCAGGGCCUAUAAUUAGUCAAAUGACUGGGUUCCCAGCACGUCUCUAGCUGCCAGGAGUUGUGUUGUGAGAGUAGCUUGAUUGCUUCUUGAUAGUGAGGCGGCCUUAAUACACGAGCAGACCACGUGUUUCCUUUGGCCAACAUAGUCACAAGAUGCAUUGAACGUGAUACUGUGUUGUUAUAGAUGCUAAUCAUGUCUGUGUGUUUGUGUGUGUGUGUGUGUGUGUGUGUGUAUGUAUGUGCAUCUGUCUGUGUUUGUGUACCUGCGCCUGUGUGUGUAUGUGCAUUUGUGUGUGUGUAUGUGUGCGUGUGCCUGUGUGUGUGUUUCAUCCCAGGUACUUUGCCAACGAGCCCUUUGCUGACCUGCACCGUGUGGAUGGUCUGCGCGGCGUCUUUGUGGCCACGCUCAUCAAUGGCUCACUCAGCGAGGACAACAUGAGCUCCGUAAUCACCUUCGACAAGGGUGGCACCUGGGAACUGCUGCAGGCCCCCACCGCCGACAGCCUGGGAGGAACACUGGACUGCCAGGUAGCUAGCUAGCUGUUAAAAUAACAUCUGACCCUGUAUGUGGGUUUCCCCUAACCACUGAUACAGGAUACUGAAACACAGACCACAGAUUGUAGCUAUCUGGUAGACUAUUGCUGGCAGCUUUAGCAAUAUGACAUCAUACACAUUGGGGUGACAUCCUGUUUACACAUUUCAACAACAACAGGAUUAAGAUUAGGGCUGUGGCGAUAGCAGUAUCGUGAUAUUUUCCAUGGCAAAAAUGAAAAUACGACGCAGACAAAAGUCUUUGGUCCUUUAAAAACCUGCUGUAUGUAAAAUAUUGGGUGCUAUAGCCAGGAAAAUAAAUAAAUCUGACUCUGGAUGACAACAUAAUGAUGUUUGUUUCCAACACUAGGGCUGUUUUUCUAAAUAAGUUAUAAGUUUUGUUUCUUUUCUACGAUACUAGCGAGUGUCGCGGUACGGGUAUCAUCCCGGCCCUAAUUAAGAUCUGCCCAAGACUCCUACUGUUGGUUCGUAUUAAUGUAGGCAUGCCUGAAGGGAGCGCAAAAAUUGGGAAGAGCCAAUAAAGUGGCAGUCUUGAAUUUAAUUAUGUUCUUGUUGAUGUCUGUAAGCAGGAAGUUGCCCCGUUGUGUGUAACACUGUCAUAGUGCUGAGUCUAUGAGUCCUUUGAGGUAGGGAUUGGGGGUGGGGUAAUAUGAACCUACAUUAGUGGUUAGGAACAACAGCCAUGAGGCCACACUGUGUGUUUGCAUUCUAAAGGGGAAGUGGGUUUGGGUGCAAACAGGUGUGCUCUGUUUGGUUUUAGAAAGUUUCCCUUGUUGUGUCCCUUGUACGAAAAUGUAUGCACUCACUACUAUGGAUAAGAGGGUCUGCUAAAUUACUAUAAUGUAAAUGUAGCUUCACUUCUGAUAAAAUAGUUAAUAUUUGUAUUUAUUUAUUUUUGGUUUUGCCAGAGGGAUUGUUGUCUCCAUUGACCAUUGACCUAACACUUCUCUCUCCAUCUCCCCUCUCCCUCCACAACGCCUCUCCAUCCCUCCCUCCAUUCCCCCCUACUCUAUCUCCCUCCAUCUCUCCUAUCUAUCUAUCCCUCCAUUCUUUCUUUCUAUAUCUCUCUCCAUCUCCUCUCCAUCCCUCCCUCCAUCCAUCCCUCUUCUAUACCCCCUCGGCACUUCUCUAUCCCCCAUCCUGUCCCUCUAUCCCCCCCAUCCUCUUCCUCUAUCCCCCCCAUCCGGUCCCUCUAUCCCCCAUCCUGUCCCUCUAUCCCCCCCAUCCUGUCCCUCUAUCCCCCCCAUCCUGUCCCUCUAUCCCCCCCAUCCUGUCCCUCUAUCCCCCCCAUCCUGUCCCUCCCUCUCUCCAUAGCUCUCCAAGGGCUGCUCCCUCCACCUGGCCCAGCGCUGGAGCCAACUUCUCAACAUUCAGCUGCGCAGGAUGCCCAUACUGUCCAAGGAGUCAGCGCCAGGGCUCAUCAUGGCCACAGGUGGGGAGGCUUAGGCUAGCAUCAUACAACUACAAUGACUAUUUAUUUGAAAAUAUAUAUAUAUUUUCUGAGUGCUCAUUUCUGAGUGUUUUUUUCUGAGUGCGUGUGUUCAUGGUAUGGGUAUGUGCGUAUGUGUGAGUGCAUGCAUGUUAGUAACUGUGCGUACUCUCCGGUCAGAGCAAUAGGCUUUGACUGGGGCUACACUAGGAGCAGUUGGACACAAAUCCAUUGUGUUUAAUCCACUAAAAGUGUCUCUCUGUCUCUACCUCUUCACGCUUCUGCCUGCUAGGCGGAGUACAUUGAUUUUCUUUGUGGUUGUGCUGUGUCUGAAAGGAGGAAGAAGCCUCUACACCAUGCGAGCUGCUAGAGCCCUUAAUUAAAUUAUUAGUAGAUAAUGGCCAGGGAGGGAGGAGGGCUGAGGAGACGCUAUGCCCCUCUCGUCCGUGUUUAUCGCUCACACACAGAUGCGCUAAUUACUUCUGCCUCACCCAGCGGGUACAAACACACACACAGACCGUCUCUCUCUUUGUGUGGACCCAGCCAGCCACACACAACCAGCAUCCCCACACCGCCUAUUAGGGGAAACAUUUCCACCGAAGCGUUUGUUUUGUGACUUGUUCCUGUGACAUUUCUUAAUUUGUAAAGCACCGCUAAUAUGGCCUCCAAGAACGACAGUCAUUAGUGGUGGUGCAGAGGAGUAGGACAUCAUUCACAUACAGUGGCUUAAUGAAACAGCUCUCAGGAUGAGUGUCAGACCGAGAGAGAGCCGUACACAACUACAUAAAACAAUAAAGAGUCAGAGCAUUGAUGCCUGCUGUAAUCCAUACAGUGGGGAAAAAAAGUAUUUAGUCAGCCACCAAUUGUGCAAGUUCUCCCACUUAAAAAGAUGAGAGAGGCCUGUAAUUUUCAUCAUAGGUACACGUCAACUAUGACAGACGAAUUGAGAAGAAAAAAUCCAGAAAAUCACAUUGUAGGAUUUUUAAUGAAUUUAUUUGCAAAUUAUGGUGGAAAAUAAGUAUUUGGUCACCUACAAACAAGCAAGAUUUCUGGCUCUCACAGACCUGUAACUUCUUCUUUAAGAGGCUCCUCUGUCCUCCACUCGUUAUCUGUAUUAAUGGCACCUGUUUGAACUUGUUAUCAGUAUAAAAGACACCUGUCCACAACCUCAAACAGUCACACUCCAAACUCCACUAUGGCCAAGACCAAAGAGCUGUCAAAGGACACCAGAAACAAAAUUGUAGACCUGCACCAGGCUGGGAAGACUGAAUCUGCAAUAGGUAAGCAGCUUGGUUUGAAGAAAUCAACUGUGGGAGCAAUUAUUAGGAAAUGGAAGACAUACAAGACCACUGAUAAUCUCCCUCGAUCUGGGGCUCCACGCAAGAUCUCACCCUGUGGGGUCAAAAUGAUCACAAGAACGGUGAGCAAAAAUUCCAGAACCACACGGGGGGACCUAGUGAAUGACCUGCAGAGAGCUGGGACCAAAGUAACAAAGUCUACCAUCAGUAACACACUACGCCGCCAGGGACUCAAAUCCUGCAGUGCCAGACGUGUCCCCCUGCUUAAGCCAGUACAUGUCCAGGCCCGUCUGAAGUUUGCUAGAGUGCAUUUGGAUGAUCCAGAAGAGGAUUGGGAGAAUGUCAUAUGGUCAGAUGAAACCAAAAUAUAACUUUUUGGUAAAAACUCAACUCGUCGUGUUUGGAGGACAAAGAAUGCUGAGUUGCAUCCAAAGAACACCAUACCUACUGUGAAGCAUGGGGGUGGAAACAUCAUGCUUUGGGGCUGUUUUUCAGCAAAGGGAACAGGACGACUGAUCCGUGUAAAGGAAAGAAUGAAUGGGGCCAUGUAUCGUGAGAUUUUGAGUGAAAACCUCCUUCCAUCAGCAAGGGCAUUGAAGAUGAAACGUGGCUGGGUCUUUCAGCAUGACAAUGAUCCCAAACACACCGCCCGGGCAACGAAGGAGUGGCUUCGUAAGAAGCAUUUCAAGGUCCUGGAGUGGCCUAGCCAGUCUCCAGAUCUCAAUCCCAUAGAAAAUCUUUGGAGGGAGUUGAAAGUCCGUGUUGCCCAGCGACAGCCCCAAAACAUCACUGCUCUAGAGGAGAUCUGCAUGGAGGAAUGGGCCAAAAUACCAGCAACAGUGUGUGAAAACCUUGUGAAGACUUACAGAAAGCGUUUGACCUGUGUCAUUGCCAACAAAGGGUAUAUAACAAAGUAUUGAGAAACUUUUGUUAUUGACCAAAUACUUAUUUUCCACCAUAAUUUGCUAAUAAAUUCAUUAAAAAUCCUACAAUGUGAUUUUCUGGAUUUUUUUUUCCUCAUUUUGUCUGUCAUAGUUGACGUUUACCUAUGAUGAAAAUUACAGGCCUCUCUCAUCUUUUUAAGUGGGAGAACUUGCACAAUUGGUGGCUGACUAAAUACUUUUUUCCCCCACUAUAUUGCACUUGUGAAUUCAACAACAGGUAUCAGUACUCGCACACCGUUAGGUGCAACAUGCAUGGGGGUCUACCUUCCACUUAGGAUAAAUAGAUAUUUGAUGUUACAGCCAUUAGACUUAUUACAAUCGUUGGGGCCUUCCCCCUAGAAUGACUACAGACUGAUUUGAUAUUAACCAUACCUAUAGGUUCAGCACAUGGUAAGGCGAGAGUAUUGCCUCCCGAGUAGCGCAGCGGUCUAAGGCACUGCAUCGCAGUGCUUGAGACGUCACUACAGAUCUGGGUUCGAUCCCAGGCUGUGUCGCAGCCGGACGCGACCGGGAGACCCAUGAAGUGGCGCACAAUUGGCCCAGCGUCGUCCAGGUUAUGGGAGGGUUUGGCCGGCUGGGAUGUCCUUGUCCCAUCGCGCUCUAGCGACUCCCGUGGUGGGCCGGGCGCAUGCACGCUGACACGGUCACCAGUUGUACGGUGUUUCCUCCGACACAUUGGUGCAGCUGGCUUGGCAGGGUCGUGUUUCGGAGGACGCAUGGCUCUCGACCUUGGCCUCUCCCGAGUCCGUACGGGAGUUGCAGCGAUGAGACGACUGUAACUACCAAUUGGAUGUCACGAAAUUGGGGAGAAAAAGGGUAAAAAGCACACACAAAAAACGAACAAAAACAAGGAGAGAGUAUUGACACUGCAAUCUAAUGUUGACAAUAAAGCACACUGGACAAUAGGUUGCGGUAUGCAGAGUUUGUUUGAACUUUUCUGAACAUAGGCCUACUCCUUGAUCUCAAGCAUCUGUUUAUUAACCCUGGAUGGAGUCUCUCCCUAUAUAGAGCCACCCAGCUAUAGGGCUAUGCUACAGUAGCACCUUUCUUCAUGGGUGCAUCUCAAAUGGCACCCUAUUCCCUAUAUAGUGAGCUACAUUUGAUCUGUUGUCGGCUUUGUGUGCUCUGGGCUGGCCACUGUGCUUGAGGGCGUCCCAAAUUGCACGGCACUCUAUUCCCUAUGCAUGUGGUGCACUACUUUUGACCAGGGCCCAUAGGGCUUUGGACAAAAGUAGUGCAUUAUGUAGGGAAUAGGGUGCUAUUUGGGACAAAGCCUCGGUAUCCUGCUAGGACUGGAGACCGCCUGAAGCUGCAGUAGUGUUCCUACUGAAUCACUCUGUGUGUACUGUUCAAGUCAUCACCUCCUCUCUCACAGCCAUUCCAGUGAUCAUCCUGUGUCUGUUUUUGUCUCCCCUGCAGGUUCUGUGGGCAAGAACCUGGCCAACAAGCCCAACGUGUAUGUGUCCAGCAGUGCUGGGGCCAGAUGGAGAGAGGUCUGUGUGUGUGUGUGUGUGUGUGUGUGUGUGUGUGUGUGUGUGUGUGUGUGUGUGUGUGUGUGUUUUUGUGUGUGUGUGUGUGUGUGUGUGUGUGUGUGUGUGUGUGUGUGUGCUUUGUUUUUGUAUGGUGUGUGCGCCAUAAAUGUAACUAUGCACAUGAUGAGCUGUAAAUCAUGACGUUGGUUAUUCUUGGAUGUUUCCUGCCUAUGCUACCCCCUCAUACCAAAGGGUUUCUGUGGAACGCCUAGCCACAAUGCUGAACGCCCAGCAGAGGACACUUUCUUUGACAGCAUAUUAUUAAACAACCACAAACAUGGUGCUGCAGUUAUUUAAAGCCACACUCUGUAAGAUGUGUGUACAAUUCCAAGACUUGGGAACCCUCUAAAACAUAAACAAUGGAGCAAAAGCACCCAGAACAUUUUCACAUUCUCUUGAUGUGACAUUUCACGAGAGCAGUAUUAUGCUUUUUAAAAUCUUUUAAACAUACUUUUAAUCUGAACAUAGUAUACCUCAUUUAAGUGUCAUGACAAUCCAAAUAUGUUUGGUAAUACGGCCCGAGAGUUGUACUAGUCUUAUUGGGGUAGCUAUAUAAAUUGACCAGCAAUCUUACGGACUGUGGCUUUAAUGAGUGUUCUUCACAAUUCCCCUUCUCCAGGCGCUGGCCGGUCCUCACUUCUACACGUGGGGUGACCACGGGGGCAUCCUCAUGGCCAUCGCCCAGGGGGGCUCCACCACACACCUCAAGUGAGUCUCACAACAGCCCUAAAUAAGACCCAUACUGUAUCUCCACUGCUAGAAUAGCACAGUAUGCUGUAUAUCACCCCCUCCUCAUUGCACCCCUCUACUUCCCACCGCAACUCUGCCUUAGGUCGUUGACUUUCAGUCCACUUACCUUGUCAAAUAAAGGUUAAAUGAAUGAUACCCUUUUCAACCCAACUGUGCCACUGCCAACCAAGCAGUACUGUGCUGGCUCGGAAAUAUUAUUUUCACAUUGUCCUUUCCAGCACGGUUCCAGCUACUACAGUACAUGGGAUACGUAACCAGGCCAAUGCACUACAGCUUAGCUUGGCUCAGUAGUGUAAAAAGGGGUAUACAUAUUGUAACCAUGCUAAUUUUGAUCUCCAUACUGUCUCUGUCGGCCCUGCGAUAGACUAGCAGCCUGUCCAGGUGGUGAAUUAGGAGAUUUGCCCUUUGGGCUAUUCUGGCUUGGACAAGGCUACUUACCUACUGUCUCUCUGUGUCUCAGGUUCAGUACCAAUGAGGGGGAGACGUGGACGGACUUCCGUUUCUCCGACAGGGAGGUGUAUGUUUACCAGCUGCUGACGGAGCCGGGGGAGAAGAGCACCAUCUUUACCAUUUUUGGCUCCUACGCCGACCAGAGACACAGCUGGCUCAUUCUGCAGGUCAACACCAGCGAUGUGCUCGGUGAGUGGACUCUCAUAAUAUUGCUACACUGGGCAGAAGUCAUGACUGAAGUAUGCUCAGCCUGGUGCGUUUGCGUCAGUUUGUCGUGCAUUUUCACAAUGCCAAUGAGAAACAUCCAUCCAUUGGGCCAGAGUCUCACUGAGGUGUGUGUGUGUGUGUUUGUUUUGUUUGUGCAUUCGUGUGUGUCCACUGUCCAGGCAUAUGUAUGCUUCUGUCCCCAUGCUACUGUAAUACAAUAUAAUCCAAUUCCAAAUCAAGUAUUUAAAAUGUGUAUUUGUGUGUCUCUUCAGGCGUGCCAUGCGCCGAGGGAGACUACAAGCGCUGGUCCCCGUCAGACGAGCGGGGCAACGACUGCCUUCUGGGUAGAGAGAUGGUGUACAAGCGACGCACGCCCCACGCCACCUGCUUCAACGGUGAAGACUUUGACCGCCCCGUCACCGUGUCCAACUGCUCCUGCACACGCCAGGACUACGAAUGGUGAGACCAGAGGCACCAUUACCAAGCCCGUGUUCAAUCCCAAAUCUAUCUACCCCUAGGCACCUUAUAUCAAUCUGAAAGAUAAUAGCUCCACCUUUCCUUCUGUUAAGCUAGGACUAGGUGGAAUGUUUCUCCCUUACUUUACACCUAUGCUAUCCUUUCAUGGUAGGGGCUAGGGGUUGAUUGGAAUUGUGCCACAGUCUUUUUCUACUCAUCUCUAUCUGUUCAUAGUUUCAUAGUCAGGUAGGCUAACAGUGGGUCUCUCUCUAGCGCUCUCUGUUUUCGUCUCUCUCUCUUUCUCUCUCUCUCUCCGUCUCUCUCUCGCUCUUUUUCUCUCUCUCCCUGUCUCUCUCUCUUGCUCCGUCUCUCUCUCUCUCACCCUCCUCUCUCUCCGUUUCUCUCUCUCUCAGUGACUAUGGCUUCAAGCUGAGCGAGGACCUGUCCCUCCAGGUGUGCCUGCCCGACCCCGAGUUCUCAGGGAACCUCUAUGCCACUCCCGUGCCCUGCCCCGUUGGCACUACCUACCGUCGCAGUACAGGGUAAGCCAAUACCCCUUUGGUAUUAGCAUAUUGUCACUUCAUCAGAAACCAGGCUUUUUCCUUUUGUUAAGGUGACUCCACACGUUGAGUGUUAUGGCCUUGCAAUGUGGAUGGGUCAUGAUUAUAUGACCUAGCUGUGCUGAAGGAUUUUGGACUGAAUUCAUAGUGUGUCCCAAAUGGGCCUUGGUCAAAAGUAGUGCACUAUAAAGGAAAUAGGGUGCUAUUCGGGACGCAACCAUAAAGGUUGAGAUACACUUGUCCCUGGUGGACAGACUGGCAGUGACAUAUGGCUUAUAAAUACAAAAUGGCAUUACCUAGCAUACCAGUCUUCACCUCAAAAAUGUAUGCACUCACUAACUGUAAGUCGCUCUGGAUAAGAGCGUCUGCUAAAUUACCCCAAAAAAAGACACAAAAAAAAUAUGAACGCUGUGUAAUUGGCGCCCUUUGUUGUCAUGGGGAAACUGUCUUUGUUCUUCUUUUGUGUAAUGGGGAAGAGAAAGGAGUGAUGUCAUUCCAUUAUAUAGCCCUCACUUAUCAUGGAGAACAGCCCCACCUAGUGUAGGAGAGAAAUGUCCCAGCAAACGCUUGACGUUCACUGAGUGUACAAAACAUUAAGAACACCUUCCUAAUAUUGAGUUGCACCCCCCCUUUUGCACUCAGAACAACCCCAAUUUGUCGGGGCAUGGACUCUACAAGGUGUCGAAAGCGUUCCACAGGGAUGCUGGCCCAUCUUGUCUCCAAUGCUUCCCACAAUUGUGUCAAGUUGGCUGGAUGUCCUUUGGGUGUUGGAACAUUCUUGAUACACACGGGAAACUGUUGAGCGUGAAAAACUCAGCAGCGUUGCAGUUCUUGACACAAACCGAUGUGCCUGACACCUACUACCAUACCCCUGUUCAAAGGCACUUUAAUAUUUUGUCUUGCCCAUUCACACUCUGAAUGGCACACAUACACAAUCCAUGUCUCAAUUGUCUCAAGGCUUAAAAAUCCUUCUUUAACCUGUCUCCUCCCCUUCAUCUACACUGAUUUGAAGUGGAUUUAACAAGUGACAUCAAUAAGGGAUCAUAGCUUUAACUUGAAUUUACCUGGUCAGUCUGUCAUGGAAAGGGCAGGUGUUCUUAAUGUUUUGUAUACUCAGUGUAUAUAAAAUGGGGAACAUGUAAACAUUUGUUCUCCUCGUUUACACAACUACGCAUAAGAUACACUAUAUUACACCAUUUGUUGUACACAUGCUCUUGUUGUGAAUGUUGUGAUAUUGGGUGGUGGGUGUUUGUCUGACCAUGUUGUUAACCAGUUUGUGUGUGUGUGUCUCUCUCUCAGGUACAGGAAGGUGUCUGGGGACAGCUGUAGUGGAGGGGAUGUAGAAGCCAGACUGGAUGGAGAGAUGCUGCCCUGUCCUGUAGGAGGUAAGCCUCCCCUCUCUCAAUUAAGAAUCCAUCAUUAGAGCUGGGCCAAGAACCAUCAUGGUGGAUGGGCCAAUAAAAAAAAACGUAAUUAGAGCAGAAGCACAGCAUUACAUACUUACCCACAUACAAUCAGACCAUGGGCCGUAGGUAUCAAGCAUCUCGGAGUGUGCUGAUUUAGGAUACGUUUUGCCUUUUAGAUCACAAUGAAUAAGAGACACCUGAAUGAAUAAGAUACACUCUGAGACACUUGAUAAGGGGUUCACAAAUACUUUAACUUGGAAAGGCCACUAUGGAAAGGGGAGACUCUCACGAACACGAUGGUGUUCUCCGUUUUGCUCUACGGCCUCCACAAGUGUCACAGGACUUGUCUGAAGGUAACCCAUACAAACAAAUGAAAGGAUAGAGGUAGUUUUGUGCCAACAAAAAUAAGGCAUUGAAUAUGUGUCCAAAAAAAUGAAAAUAUUUCCUGAGCUUUCUUAUAUCUCCUAGUUAAAGGACAGACACUUCAAAACCUUAUUCCUUAUGAUUUAUUUUUUUGGAUCUUUUUUGCCAUUUAUUAAUGUGUAUUUCAUUGUUUCUAUGGGCUAUAGUAGUAAAGGCCAUAUUCAGUAUUGUAAUAUUUUGGAGGGGAUACCUAAAGGGCCUAAAAUUCAUAAUCAAAUAUCUAAAUGAUCCAUGGUAUUACCAUCUUAAAACAAUUCCAUAUGUUAGCUAAGUACCACCCCACAACUGAUAAUCUAACCCCAAGAACAGGGUUGAAAAGUUUGCAACUUUCGCAGCUAGCAGAUCGGUGAGAGCAGACAAAGACAGUGGGUCAUGGGUCAUGACAGGGUACGGGCCUUACCGUUUUAUCUUUAUUGCUAGACCUUAAAGAAACUCUGUUGUACAACUGAGGCAAAAGGUUUCUUAAGUUACCUAUAGUCACGUAUUAUGGGGAGAAUUUAGUUAAAGAUACAAAGGUUAGCCCCCAGCAGUAGAUCAUAGGCUACAGCAACAACACAUGUAAGUUAGACCCCAGGUACAGUAGCUGCUGCGGCUGGAAAAGGUUAUGGGGAUCCAAAAAGCAAAUAAGUAUUUGUGAAUUCAUGAAAAGUGGAAUUACUCAAAUGUUAUACUUAAAAUGAUAGGAUAGGAUUAACUUUAAUAUCCCUAAGGGGGAAAUUGUUUUAGACACAGUACUGCUGUAGACAAAAUAAAAGGCUAUUUGUUACUCUUCACAUGGAUAUAGAUUAGAAUUAAUUGUAUCAAGUGUUAUUUUUUUCCUGAUCUUCUCCAGAGAGUAAUGAGUUCAUCCUGUACGCUGUGAGGAACUCCAUCCAUCGCUAUGACCUGGCCACAGGGACCGACCAGGCCCUGCCCCUCUCUGGUCUCCGCGAGGCCGUGGCCCUGGACUUUGACUACGAAAGGAACUGCCUGUAUUGGGCCGACAUCUCGCUGGACACCAUACAGGUCAGGGCCUUCACAGAAGGCACUCAGAUGUAACCAUGACUCAUCCUAUUCCCUAUGUAGUACAUUACUUGUGCACUAUAUCCUACACACACUUCAGAGACUAAAAGUACAUUGUGAAUUGUGAUUAGUGAAAAGUAUAUACACACACUUCAGUGACCACAUCCCUCCCUGUUCUCCCCCUCCAGAGGCUUUGUCUGAACGGCAGUACGGGACAGGAAGUAAUUGUGAGGAAGGACCUGCAGAAUGUGGAGGCCCUCACCUUUGACCCCAUCAGCAGGCUGCUUUACUGGGUGGACGCCGGAGCGCAGAGGAUAGAGGUAAACAAGAGGAUCAGGGAUUUGUCCAAUAUUUUAUGAAUACUGAACCAAAAAUAUAAACGCAACAUGCAACAAUUUCAGCCAUUUUACUGAGUUACAGUUCAUAUAAGGAAAUUAGUCAAUUGAAUACAUUCAUUAGGCCAUAAUCUAUGGAUUUCACAUGACUGGGCAGGGGCGCAGCCAUGGGUGGGCCUGGGAGAGCAUAGGCCCACCCACUUGGGAGCCAGGCCCAGCCUGGGCUUUAUUACAGACAGAAAUACUCCUCAGUUUCAUCAGCUGUCCGGGUGGCUGUUCUCAGAGGAUCCUGUAGCUGAAGAAGCCGGAUGUGGAGGUCCUGGGCUGGCAUUGUUACACGCGGUUGUCAGGCCGGUUGGACAUACCGCCAUCUAAAAUGAUGUCUCAAAUUGAGACAUCUAUAGCAUUGUGUUGUGACAAAACUGCACUUUUAUUGUCCCCAGCACAAGGUGCACCUGUGUAAUGAUCAUGCUGUUUAAUCAGCUUCUUGAUAUGCCACACCUGUCUGGUGGAUGGAUUAUCUUGGCAAAGGAGAAAUGCUCACUACCAGGGAUGUUAAAAAAUGUGUACACAACAUUUUAGAGAAAUACACUUUUUGUGCGUAUGGAACAUUUCUGGGAUCUUUUAUUUCAGCUCAUGAAACAUUGGACCAACAUUUUAUAUGUUGCGUUUACAUUUUUGUUCAGUGUAUAUAUAUAUUUAUAAACUGGGUUGUUCGAGCCCUGAAUGCUGAUUGGCUGAAAGCCGUGGUAUAUCAGACCGUAUACCAUGGGUAUGAAAAAACAUUUAUUUGUACUGUUUUAAUUAUGUUGGUAACCAAUUUAUAAUAGCAAUAAGGCACCUCGGGGGUUUGUGAUAUAUGGCCAAUAUACCACGGUUAAGGGCUGUGUCCUAGCACUCUGCGUUGCGUUGUGCAUAAGAACAGCCCUUAGCCAUGGUAUAUUGGCCAUAUAUCACACGCCCUCGGGCCUUAUUGUUAUUUUCGGGGGGGUUUUCUUCUCCAUCUUAUUGACGCCUUGUUUAAUUUAUAUUUAUAUCCUCACCUGAUAAAUGACAUGCUACUGUAUAGUAUCAGGCAAUACAGUGUGUGAUGAUGGUGAUCCACUCCAUGUGUAUGUCUUGUGUUGUGUAGGUGUCUAACCCUGAUGGGGACCUACGUCACACUCUGCUCAACUCCUCAGUGCUGGAGCAUCCCAGAGCUCUGGUCCUCAUGCCAGGAGAGAGGUAACAGUCUAAUAACCUUGAAUAAUCACCAUACAUUUUUCAAUCAAAUGCAUCUAUAAAGCUUUUUUUACACAAAAAAGGUCUCCCUCAUGACCGACUGUUAAAGGGGCAAUCUGUGAUUGCUACAUACAUUUUGGACUUUACCGCUUUGUUUUUGAUUGAACUGCAGAUUGCCCCUUUAAUGUAAAUAACAUCACUGCUAAUAUCUGUCUGAUAUACUUGCUUAAUCUGUGAUGCCUCUAUCCUACCAGCCUGAUGUUCUGGACGGAUUGGGGCGACCGUGCGGCCGGCGUGUACCGCGGCUACAUGGACGGCUCCAACGUGUCAUGCAUCGUGUCCGAGGGCGUUCGCUGGCCCAACGGCAUCACAGCUGACGACCAAUGGCUGUACUGGACCGAGGCCUACGGCGAUCGCAUCGAGCGGGCAGACUUCGCCGGCAGUCAGCGCAGCGUGGUCAUGGAGGGCCUGCCUCACCCCUACGCCAUUGCUGUUUUCAAGGUACUUUAGAACGGUUGAUGCGCUUAUGGAGUAUUAAGGCUCUGUGAUAUUUAUAGCCGUUUUUUAUUUUGUACUUUUACGCCUUUUUCUCCCCAAUUUCGUGACCUCCAAUUGGUAGUUACAGUCUUGUCCCAUCGCUGCAACUCCCGUACGGACUCGGGAGAGGCCAAGGUCGAGAGCCAUGCGUCCUCCGAAACGCGACCCUGCCAAGCUGCACUGCUUCUUGACACACUGCUCGCUUAACCCGGAAGCCAGCCGCACCAAUGUGUCGGAGGAAACACCGUACAACUGGCCACCCGAAGUCAGCUUGCAGACCAAACUCUACCCUAACCCGGACGACGUUGGGCCAAUUGUGCGCCGCCUAAUGGGUCUCCCGGUCACGGCCGGCUGUAACACAGCCUGGGAUCGAACCCGGGGCUGUAGUGACGCCUCAAGAAUUGCGAUGCAGUACCUUAGACCGCUGCGGCACUUGGGAGGCCCUCGUCUUUGAAUAUUUAAAUGAAUGAUGUAUACCCAUUGAUUCUUGAAGAAUAUCACUUAUAAAUGCCUUACAAGCUUAGUUAAUUUGUCUAAAGUCUUCAAAGGUAGACUCUGCAAUAUGGCAUCAUCAUACACAGCCUGUCAACUUCCUUCUUGCAGAUGUCAACAACAACAGAAUUCAAAUCUGCCCAGGACUGUCACUAUUGACUUUUCCAAAUGUACCCCCUCCCUUGAAGCAUGUCCACAUUGGAAUUAGCCAAUAGAGGCAGUCUUGGCAAAUAAGAAUGUUAUUGAUGUCUGGAAGAAAAACGUUGGCACACUGUGUAUGAUGAUGUCAUAUUGCAGAGAUUCUACCUUUAAGGUUAUUGAGUGUGCAAAACUGGGGAUAACUCAUGGCACAUACAGUAGCACAGUCCCAUUGUAAAAAGAUAUCCAGGUUUGUUUUCAUAUAAUCUCACAGUUACUGGGCAAAUCUUCAUUGGCCUGUGUGUGUUUUCAGAAUGACCUGUACUGGGAUGACUGGUCAAGGAGGGGCAUCUUCAAGGCUCCCAAAGCAGGCUCCAAAGACAAUGAACUCAUAGUGGGUAGACUGACCGGGGUCAUGGACCUCAAAAUCUUCUACAAAGGCAAGACCAGAGGUGAGAGACAAGCAGCGAAACCAUAUUUAAGAAUCAAUGCCCAUUGUAAGUAAACCCUCCAAGAACUUCAAUGGUCAGCAUUAAAUAGAUAUCAUGUGUAGUCAGAAUGCUACUCUGGAAUCGACAAUACUGGAAGCUUUGUUUGGACACCCCCACUACCUCAGCAGAGUUAGACGAAUCACAUCAUUGGAUCUAAGUGUACUUGUCUGCUCAUGACAAACCUGUGUGUGUGUGUGUGUCCACUCUCCUCUAGGCAAUAAUGCCUGUGCAGACCAACCCUGUAGCCUACUGUGUCUGCCCCUGCCCGGGCACCGCCACACCUGUGUAUGCCCUGAUGGAGCGCCCACCACCACUCUACCCAACGGGGAGCUCCAGUGCCAGUGUCCCACCGGCUACCGGCUCCACAACAACACCUGCGUCAAGACAGGUGAGGCCAGACACACACUCACAUACAUGCGCACACGCUCUCUGACAGACACACGUGCACACACACACACCCAAUGGUCUCGCUGGGUACAAAAUACUACUGAUCAAAUCACAUUUCAUUUGUUACAUGCGCCGAAAACAACAGGUGUAGACCUUACCAUGAAAUGCUUACUUACGAGCACUUAACCAACAAUGCAGAGUUUGAAAAAGUAAAAAAAAAUUGCUAAAUUAACUAAAGGAAAAAUAGUAACACAAUAAAAUAACAAUAGCGAGGCUAUAUACAGGGGGUACCGGUACAGAGUCAAUGUGCGGGGGUACAGGUUAGUCGAGGUAAUUGAGGUAAUAUGUACAUGUAGGUAGGGGUAAAGUGACUAUGCGUAAAUAGUACUACAGAUCCACAAUGGUGCAGCCAUUCCAACCUUUAGGAUUCAAAUACACUUCUUGAUGAUGUGUGUUUUAUUUGCAACCCAAAAUCGAAUUAAAUUCAACUCCCCCAGAACACAUGUGCCUGCCCAACCAGUACCGCUGCUCCAACGGCAAGUGCAUCAGCAGCAUCUGGAAGUGCGACAGCGACAACGACUGUGGCGACAUGAGUGACGAGCAGGAGUGCCGUGAGUAGAGCCCAAAUGGCACCCUAUUCCCUAUAUAGUGCACUACUUUUAACCAGGCCAUUUCAGACGCACAGCUAGACAAUGGACAACUCACUCACUCAGAUUAUUCUGUUUAUUAUUAUUAUUAUUAUUAUUAUUAUUAUAAAAAUGGUUGGGUGCUGAAUCCUUGUUUGUGAAGUACAUAGUGAAUAAAAUAGAUCCAACAGAUAAUCUUCAAUAGAGCUAGACUAGAGUUUGUUGCUCUCACACUGUUACAAUACACUCUGCUUUGGUCUCUGCUGCUGUUCUCUCUCUGUCCUUCUGGGCUCAAUGUCAACACCCUGUCAUUCUGUCUGUCCCUCUGCCCCCCUGUCCGUCCCCCUCCAGCCACCACCUCCUGUGACCCGUCCAUCCAGUUCCGCUGUGUGGCGUCCGGCUCCUGCAUCCCGCUGGCCUUCAAGUGUGACCACGAGGACGACUGUGGGGACAAUAGUGACGAGGAACACUGUGGUACGAGGAAGAGAGAGUGCGUGUGUGUGUGUUUUGUAUCCAUCCAUUCAGUUGUGUGUGUGUGUGUGUGGGUGUGUGCAUGCACACUCACUUCCAAGCAUGUUUUUUUACUGACAACGUGUGCUCUAUCCUGUAUGACUUUUGAGAUUGUAUAUAGCCAAGUGAUGCUUCCUCUGAUUACUGACUGUGUAUGUGUGUGUGUGUGUGUGUGUAUCCCAGAGAGUCACCAGUGUGGACCAGGGGAGUUCACGUGUGCGCGGGGCGUGUGUAUCCGCGAGGCCUGGCGAUGUGACGGAGACAACGACUGCAGGGACUGGUCGGACGAAGCCAACUGUACAGGUGAGAUCAGGGCCAUUUUCAAAAGGAAAACGCUGUGGAACGUUGCACAUAUCCUCUGUCUCUCCAUCACUCUCACUCCCUCCCUCCCUCCCUCCCUGUCUCAGUGGGUCACCAUACCUGUGAGGCCAGUAGUUUCCAGUGUCUCACGGGCCACUGUAUCCCUAAGCGUUGGGUGUGUGACGGUGAUGACGACUGUCAGGACAGCUCUGACGAGGAGCGGGCACAUUGUGGUGAGGACACAUGCACGCAUAGACACAGCCCUCUCUCAGCUUGACACCAACACCCAUGAUGUUAUGUCAUUGUUAUGACAGUGCUAUGACAGUGUUAGUUAGCCUUUAUGAAGGACGGUUCAAGCAAAGUGUUACCCAGAUUUCUAUCUCCAGUCUUUGAUAGGAUGGCUUGGCACUAACAGAUGCUGUGUUGUUGUUGACAGUGGGGGAUCGCUGUAAUGGCUUCCUGUGUUCCAACGGCACCUGUCUGCCUGCCAGCGCCCACUGCAACGGAGUACAGGACUGCCCAGGGGGUGCCGACGAGCAACACUGUGGUGAGUGACCAACUGAAAGUCGAACCCCGAAACUAGACUGCAAACUAUAGAAAUUGAAUCUCUGGAAAAUAGAAUCUAUUUCUAUGCUGCAAACAUUGUGUAUGCGUUCUGUUGGUGUUGUUUUUCGCCUGCUACCCCAGAUGCACUUUGGUAUUUCGAAAAACGAAAGCAUUUGAGGGCUAUUGUCAUUGACAGAUUUUUGUCAUCAAUACAUUCACCUGAAAAUCCUUAAAAUGAAAUGUUUGUUGAGAAUAUCUCAGACGUAUCCCAUUAAAAAUAUAGUAGUACUAUGUCUGUGUGUGUCCCCUCCUUGCAGAUCCCCUGUGUACGCGCUACAUGGAUUUUGUGUGUCAGAACCGAGCCCAGUGCCUGUUCCAGUCUCUGGUGUGUGACGGCACCAAACACUGUGAGGACGGAUCCGAUGAGGACGCCGCCUACGCCAGCUGCUGUGAGUUCUACUCCACUAACCUUCACAGAAAACACUAGAACUUUGCUGAUAUCUACAGUCACUAAAUACAUAUACAAUGAUAUAGCCCAGGGUUUAUUCCUGUGCACGUGACCUAACCUGGGUUGUGUUCAUAAGGAAUAAUCCGGAGCUAAACAUUUUAAAACGUGCAACAGAAAAGGAACAAGCAUUGCUUAUUUGGUUUCACUCCGUUUUCUCCAUAAACCAGGAACAUGUUUUGGUCGGGUCAGGAAAAACUAAAUGAAUGUAUUGGUACUAGAAAGGCAUUGAAAUAAGUUGUCAUAAUUUGUUGUACUGAUUGCCACCCGUCACUCCCUCUAGCCACUCACCCUGAGUUUGAGAAGACGUGUGAUGCCUACAACUUCCAGUGUGCCAACGGAGUGUGUGUGAGCCUGGGGUGGAAGUGUGACGGCAUGAACGACUGUGGAGACUACUCUGACGAAGCCAACUGUGGUGAGUACACACAUUGUGUGUGUGCGUGUCACAUGCAUCAGUUAUGUACACUGCAGCGCUUUAUAAAUGAAGUGUAUCUAGAAAUGAGAUGAUUCCUGAGUGUGUGUGUGAAUGUUUCAGGCUCCCCCACUGAGGGGCCAGGCUGCACGCGGGACUUCCAAUACGAGUGUCGUAACGGGCGCUGUGUACCCUCCUGGUGGAAGUGUGAUGGCGAGAAUGACUGUGGAGACUGGUCUGACGAGGCUCAGUGCACUGGUACACUCUCUCUCUGUCUCUCGCUCUCUGUCUCUCUCUCUGUCUCUCUCGCUCUCUCUCUCUCUCGCUCUCUCUGUCUCUCUCGCUCUCUCUGUCUCUCUCGCUCUCUCUGUCUCGCUCUCUCUCUGUCUCUCGCUCUCUGUCUCUCUCUCUCUGUCUCUCUCUCUCUCUCUCUCUCUCUCUCUCUGUCUCUCUGUCUCUCUCUCUCUGUCUCUCUCUGUCUCGCUCUCUCUCUCUGUCUCGCUCUCUCUCUCGCUCUCUCUGUCUCGCUCUCUCUGUCUCGCUCUCUCUGUCUCGCUCUCUCUCUGUCUCUCGCUCUCUGUCUCUCGCUCUCUGUCUCUCUGUCUCUCUCUCUCUGUCUCUCUCUCUCUCUCUGUCUCUCUCUCUCUGUCUCUCUCUCUGUCUCGCUCUCUCUCUCUGUCUGUCUCUCUCUCUCUGUCUCGCUCUCUCUCUGUCUCGCUCUCUCUCUCUGUCUCGCUCUCUCUCGCUCUCUCUGUCUCGCUCUCUCUCGCUCUCUCUGUCUCGCUCUCUCUGUCUCACUCUCUCUGUCUCGCUCUCUCUGUCUCUGUCUCUCUCUCUGUCUCUCUCUCUCUGUCUCUCUCUGUCUGUCUCUCUCAUUUUCUUUCUCUCUUACUCUGUCAUUCCUACCAGAUCUCUAUUACCAAACCAUUUGAAGUGCUCUGUGUAUCCAAACCUCUUCCUCUCUCUUGUUUUCUUAGGAGGAGUCACGCCCCACACCCCUGCCCCAGCUCCGUCCUCCUGCGCCCCUAACCGCUUCCACUGUGGCUCGGGAGCCUGUAUAGUCAACACCUGGGUGUGUGACGGCUACGCUGACUGUACUGAUGGCAGUGAUGAACUGGGCUGUCCCACAGGUGAACCACCGUCUCCAUCUACACCAAAGGGCUUGCCACCUUGGCUACACAGCUCAGGAUUAGUUGUAUAGCUGUAUGUAGGUAGGGCCAGGUGGUUAUUCCUGACCAUGUGACUUGACCAGAAAACACUUUGGAGCUACUUGUCUCCUUUCAUUAAUCUGCAGUGAUUGGAAAAUACUUGACAGGUGAAAAGAAUAUGGUGGAAACGCAUCAUUAGGCUAGUAAGACAGAGGGGCGCUGUUUUGCUCGCUCGGAUGCUUUCUCCGGUGAGAUAGUUUCAGACACUUGCGAAUCGAAGGAAAGUUGGCGGGUGCACAGUGCACUGUUCGGAUGCUGGAAUUAUUUUAGACGAACGUGCAAAGGUAACCUACUUUUUGAAGUGAUUUGUUUGACAAUCAGAUGAAAACAUCAUGACUGGUUGUGUUCAUGCCACAUUAAAAGGUAAAACAAUUUUUGCAGUUCAAUUACAUGUCUUUACUAUAAAACCCAUUAAAAAACCAUGUAGGAAGUCCCAUGAAACAUGCCUCCUAAUGGAAAUCAAAUGCCCGUCCAACUGAUUUGUUCUGGCCCCGGCCCUGUGGUUAUGUUUUGUUUCCAUGGCAGCAGCCAACGGCACGGCGACACAGGCCCCGUGGCCCACCCUCGCCCCUCCCCUGCCCCCUGGCCGCUGCAGCAGGGGCCAGUUCCUCUGCCGGAAGCCCUCCACCUGCAUCCCUGACUGGCAGCGCUGCGACGGCCACCAACACUGCCUGGACGGUUCGGACGAAGCCCAUUGUCGUAAGUGUUUUUCACAGAGUGCACAGACGUUGUUGAUGACCUAUGCUCCUCAUGUGGCCACGGGCCUAAGUCAGCCAGUCAGUCAAUACACAGACUUCAGUGGAGACUUUCAAACUGGCCAAAAGGGUGCGUCUGAAACACAUAGCCAGCUCAGUAACGGUGUUUAUUCAUAAAAUGCACAAAAACAGUUCCAUCUUGAGUCAGUACCACAAAAACCCAAGACUAAGACACUGGACCGUUGAUGUUUCAAUCUGCGUGCCAAGUAAACCUUGAAAGGGGGAUGUGAUUCUCACACUUCUUUCUCUUCUCCUUUUCUCCUCCCCCUCCCCCCUCUCUGUCUGGUAGCCACGCGAGGGCCUCUGACGUGUGUGAACGGCACGCGCUGCGCUGACGGGGAGGCCUGUGUGCUGGACGGUGAGACAUGUGACGGCUUCAUGGACUGCUCCGACCACAGUGACGAGGACAACUGCACCAGUGAGUCUUCAGUAGCCAGGAAUAUGACAUCAUCACACGCUGCAGGCAAUUUGCUGCUUAACAGACAUUAACAACAACAUAAUUCAAAUCUGCCCAAGAAUGACUGCACCUAUUGGCUCUUGAAACAGACCCACACCGAGCUAAUAGAGGCAGUCCUUUCUGUAAGCAGGAAGUGGCCCUGCUGUGUAUUGUGAUGUCAUAUUGCUGAGUCUACUUUUAAUGAAAAUCAUGUCACAGCCCCAGUCAGUUUACAUAAGAGAAGUCUUAAAGUUUGUAUUGGGGGUGGGUUCCUGACCUGUCUCUCUGUAGCCGACUCUCUGGUCUACAAGAUCCAGAACCUGCAGUGGACGGCAGACUUCUCUGGUGCCAUCACCCUCACCUGGUCCAGACCUAAGAACCUGCCCCUGGCUUCCUGCUACUUCCUCAUCUACUACAGGUCAGUCACUCAGUCAAUCAGUGUGUGUGUGUGUGUGUGUGUGUGUGUGUGUUUGUGUGUGCAUGUGUGCGUGCAUCUAACUGUCUUGUCUGUCUGUCUGUCUGUGUACUAGGCUGGUGGGCACCCAGCAGUGGACCUCCAUGGACACACACAGCAACAAGAGCAGCUACACUCUGACGGUGCUGAAGCCAGACACCACGUACCAGGUGAAGGUGCUGACACAGUGUCUCAGCAAGCAGCACAAGACCAACGAUGUGUUGACCCUGAGAACGCCCGAGGGAUGUGAGUAAUGUCGGGUGUACACUGCACGACUUUCAAAGUCCGAACAUCGCUGAGCCUCUCAUUAAAUGACCGUCUUUCCUUUAGUUUUUUGUCUUUCCAACGUAGUGGUGCGCACACUAAAAGAUGUGACACAGACAGGGGAUCACACACUACAAGAUUCUUCACUUGGUCGUGAGGAUUCUCGAUACCACGCUGUCUCGCUAAAACAAUGAUGUGAUGAUGUGAUUGUUAACUUAACUAGAACGAGCUGUGGCACAAAGCAGCCUCAUAAACGAUAUCAGUCAGACGUUCAUGCUUACCAUAGAGAGUUUAAAUACACUACAUGGCGAAAAGUAUGUGGACACCCUGCUCGUCGAACAUCUCAUUCCAAAAUCAUGGGCAUUAAUAUGGAGUUGGUAACCCCUUUGCUGCUAUAACAGCCUCCACUCUUCUGGGGAGGCUUUCCACUAGAUGUUGGAACAUUGCUGCAGGGACUUGCUUCCAUUCAGCCACAAGAGCAUUAGUGAGGUCGGGCACUGAUAUUGGGCGAUUAGGCCUGGCUCGCAGUCUGCGUUCAAAUUCAUCCCAAAGGUGUUCGAUCGGGUUGAGGUCAGGGCUCUGUGCAGGCCAGUCAAGUUCUUCCACACCGAUCUCGACAAACCAUUUCUGUAUGGACCUCGCUUGGUGCACAGGGGUAUUGUCAUGCUGAAACAGGAAAGCGCCUUCCCCAAACUGUUGCCACAAAGUUGGAAGCACAGAAUCGACUAGAAUGUAAUUGUAUGCUGUAGCGUUAAGAUUUCCCUUCACUCGAAAUAAGGCCUAGCCUGAACCAUGAAAAACUGCCCUGGACCAUUAUUCCUCCUCCACCAAACUUUACAGUUGGCAAUAUGCAUUCAUGCAGGUAGCGUUCUCCUGGCAUCCGCCAAACCCAGAUUUGUCCGUCAGACUGCCAGAUGGUGAAGCGUGAUUAAUCACUCCAGAGUCUAAUGGCGACGAGCUUUACACCACUCCAGCCGACGCUUGGCAUUGCGCAUGGUGACGUUGCUUCCAGAGGCAGUUUGGAACUCGGUAGUGAGUGUUGCAACCGAGGACAGCACUCGGCGGUCCCGUUCUGUGAGCUUGUGUGGCCUACCACUUCGCGGCUGAGCCGUUGUUGCUCCUAGAUGUUUCCACUGCACAAAUAACAGCACUUACAGUUGACUGGGGCAGCUCUAGCAGGGCAGAAAUUUGAUGAACUGACUUGUUGGAAAGGUGGCAUCCUAUGACGUUGCCAUGUUAAAAGCCACAGACCACUUCUCAGUUCCUAUGCUUCCUGGCUGAUGUCUUGGUCACUUUUGAAUGCUGGCGGUGCAUGAGACGGAGUCUACAACCCACACAAGUGGCUCAGGUAGUGCAGCUCAUCCAGGAUGGCACAUCAAUGCGAGCUGUGGCAAGAAGGUUUGCUGUGUCUGUAAGCGUAGUGUCCAGAGCAUGGAGGCGCUACCAGGAGACAGGCCAGUACAUCAGGAGACGUGGAGGAGGCCGUCGGAGGGCAACAACCCAGCAGCAGGACCGCUACCUCCGCCUUUGUGCAAGGAGGAGCAAGAGGAGCACUGCCAGAGCCCUGCAAAAUGACCUCCAGCAGGCCACAAAUGUGCAUGUGUCUGCUCAAACGGUCAGAAACAGACUCCAUGAGGGUGGUAUGAGGGCCCAACGUCCACAGGUGGGGGUUGUGCUUACAGCCCAACACCGUGGAGGACGUUUGGCAUUUGCCAGAGAACACCAAGAUUGGCAAAUUCGCCACUGGCGCCCUGUGCUCUUCACAGAUGAAAGCAGGUUCACACUGAGCACAUGUGACAGACGUGACAGAGUCUGGAGACGCCAUGGAGAACAUUCUGCUGCCUGCAACAUCCUCCAGAAUGACCGGUUUGGCGGUGGUCAGUCAUGGUGUUGGGGGGGAGACAAUGCAAAUAGUCCGGGUAGCCAUUUGAUUAGCUGUUCAGGAGUCGUAUGGCUUGGGGGUACAAGCUGUUAAGAAGCCUUUUGGACCUAGACUUGGCGCUCCGGUACCGCUUGCCGUGCGGUAGCAGAGAGAUCAGUCUAUGACUAGGGUGGCUGGAGUCUUUGUCAAUUUUUAUGGCCUUCCUCUGACACCGCCUGGUAUAGAGGUCCUGGAUGGCAGGAAGCUUGGCCCCAGUGAUGUACUGGGCCGUACGCACUACCCUCUGUAGUGCCUUGUGGUUGGAGGCCGAGCAGUUGCCAUACCAGGCAGUGAUGCAACCAGUCAGGAUGCUCUCGAUGGUGCAGCUGUAGAACUUUUUGAGGAUCUGAGUACCCAUGCCAAAUCCUUUCAGUCUCCUGAGGGGAAAUAGGCUUUGUCGUGCCCUCUUCAUGACUGUCUUGGUGUGUUUGGACCAUGAUAGUUUGUUUGUGACGUGGACACCAAGGAACUUGAAGCUCUCAACCUGCUCCACUAUAGCCCUGUCGAUGAGAACGGGGGCGUGCUCGUCCUUAUUUUCCUGUCCACAAUCAUAUCCUUUAUCUUGAUCACGUUGAGGGAGAGGUUGUUGUCCUGGCACCACACAGCCAGGUCUCUGACCUCCUCUCUAUAGGCUCUCUCAUCGUUGUCGGUGAUCAGGCCUACCACUGUUGUCAUCGGCAAACUUAAUGAUGGUGUUGGAGUCGUGCCUGGCCAUGCAGUCAUGGGUGAACAGGGAGUACAGGAGGGGACUGAGCACGCACCCCUGAGGGGCCCCCGUGUUGAGGAUCAGCAUGGCAGAUGUGUUGUUACCUACCCUUACCACAUGGGGGCGGCCCGUCAGGAAGUCCAGGAUCCAGUUGCAGAGGGAGGUGUUUAGUCCCAGGGUCCAUAGCUUAGUGAUGAGCUUUGAGGGCACUAUGGUGUUGAACGCUGAGCUGUAGUCAAUGAAUAGCAUUCUCACGUAGGUGUUCCUCUUGUCCAGGUGGGAAAGGGCAGUGUGGAGUGCAAUAGAGAUUGCAUCAUCUGUGGAUCUGUUGGGGCGAUAUGCAAAUUGGAGUGGGUCUAGGGUUUCUGGGAUAAUGGUGUUGAUGGGAGCCAUGACCAGCCUUUCAAAGCACUUCGUGGCUACAGACAUGAGUGCUACGGGUCUGUAGUCAUUUAGGCAGGUUACCUUAGUGUUCUUGGGCAUAGGAACUAUGGUGGUCUGCUUGAAACAUGUUGGUUUUACAGACUCAGUCAGGGACAUGUUGAAAAUGUCAGUGAAGACACUUGCCAUUUGGUCAGCGCAUGCUCGGUGUACACAUUUGGUAAUCCGUCUGGCCCUGCGGCCUUGUGAAUGUUUACCUGUUUAAAGGUCUUACUCACAUCGGCUACGGAGAGUGUGAUCACACAGUCGUCCGGAACAGCUGAUGCUCUCAUGCAUGCUUCAGUGUUGCUUGCCUUGAAGUGAUUUAGCUCGUCUGGUAGGCUCGUGUCACUGGGCAGCUCAUGGCUGUGCUUCCCUUUGUAGUCUGUAAUAGUUUGCAAGCCCUGCCACAUCCGACGAGCGUCGGAGCCAGCGUAGUACGAUUCAAUCUUAGUCCUGUAUUGACACUUUGCCUGUUUGGUGGUUCGUCGGAGGGCAUAGCGGGAUUUCUUAUAAGCAUUCGGGUUAGAGUCCCGCUCCUUAAAGCGGCAGAAGCCAUGUAAUCCAUGGCUUCUGGUUGGGGUAUGUACAUACAUGUUUUUUUUCCUCUGGUUGCACAUUUAACAUGCUGGUAGAAAUGAGGUAAAACGGAUUUAAGUUUCCCUGCAUUAAAGUCCCCGGCCACUAGGAGCGCCGCCUCUGGAUGAGCGUUUUCCUGUUUGCUUAUGGCCUUAUACAGCACAUUUAGUGCAGUCUUUGUGCCAGCAUCGGUUUGUGGUGGUAAAAUGACAGCUACGAAAAUAGUGUGGUCUACAGCUUAUCAUGAUUUGUCUAAGGGUUGAUUUCACACAUUGUCUAUGUAAUUAUUGUGGGGGUUUUUCACACCCUAGUUGAAUGCACUACUUGUAAUUUGCUCUGCUAACUGACAGGCAAAAGGAAUAAUGCAGUUUUUUCCCCCUGGAACCAGAUUAAGCCUACCCCCAGACUGAAAGGCAUGCUGAAUAGAGAAUCUCUAUUGAAAGGGUCUUGGAAAUACCCCUUAAUGUUUAUAUCACUGUUAUAUUACUUUAGAAGUUUGUGGCCUGCCUGCAACAGUGUUUUCGUUCUACAAAUGGAAUAUUAUCAUAGAUUGACUGUAAUGUAAUGUUUGUUGCAGUGCCCGACCCCCCCAGAAACCUUCAGCUGUCAUGUGACAACGGAGAGGACGGCACGGUGGAAGCCUCGUGGAGCGCUCCGGACAAAGCCCACGGCCUGAUCCGGGAGUACAUUGUGAGUUAGCCUGCCCAGACACUCAAUGUUGUUUCCUUUGGUAAACCUAUUAACCACCUCUCCAUUAGUGUCAUGUCCUGAGCAGUAGGGCUAUAAGAAAAGAUAGAAACAUGCACAUCCAAUGGCUUUGAGCGGGUGCCUGAUAUCAAAGUAAAUGUUCAUCAGCAAAAUAUGAAAGACUCCACACAUUCCAAUGUGGGCUUAUUAUUAACAUGAACAAUGUUUCAACCCUGUUUUGCCUGGUGUGUGUGUGUGUACGUGGCCAUGUGCGUGUGUGACAGGUUGAGUACAGUGAAAAAGGUGUGGAGUGGUUCUCUCAGCGAAGCACCGGCAACAGUGCGGAGGUCAAAAACCUACAGCCCAGCACUCUGUACAAGUUUAGGGUAAGAUACCUGUGUCUUUCAUAGCAGCUGCAUAGUGACAUUUGGCUUCAUAACAUUAGAACAAGGUAACAUGAGCUCUUAGAAUUGUUGAGUGGUGAACCUGUCUGAUGAGUUCUAAACCUGUGUGUUUUCAGGUGGCAGCAGUGACGGGUCGAGGUAUGGGGAACUGGACUGAGGUUAAAUCCAUCAUCCCCAAGAAAGGUAUGACAGAAUCUUUCAUGAUCAUUGCCUGACAAUUUAUAAUAUGGCAUGAUGAUAGUUUGAUAAAUUUGACAAAUUCUCUAAUCCAGGGUUUCUUAAACUAUGGGUCAAGACCCAAAGUUGGCCCUGGGCAUGUGAGAGGUGGGUUGCAAGUUAUAAGAAUACAUCUGUAAUCACACGCUAUUUAUUUUUAGUUUGGGUUGUGGAGAUUUGGGUCACUGGAGGAUAGUACAUUUCUUAUUUGGGUCUUGAGCUGUAAUCCUUCAGUGCAUUUACUCCUCUUGUUGCAUUGUGGAUAUUUACAGUGUUCUAUCGCCCUCUGCUGGCCACCACUAUGUAGUUGGCUUAUUUAUUGGAGCUGCUGCUUAUUACAUUUACAUUUUAGUCAUUUAGCAGACGCUCUUAUCCAGAGCGACUUACAGGAGCAAUUAGGGUUAAGUGCCUUGCUCAAGGGCACAUUUACGUCAUUUAGCAGACGCUCUUAUCCAGAGCGACUACAAAUUGGUGCAUUCACCCUAUAGCCAGUGGGAUAACCACUUUACAAUUAUACUUUUUUUUUUUUUGGGGGGGGGGGGGUAGAUGGAUUACUUUAUCCUAUCCCAGGUGUUCCUUAAAGAGGUGGGGUUUCAAAUGUCUCCGGAAGGUGGUGAGUGACUCCGCUGUCCUGGCGUCGUGAGGGAGCUUGUUCCACCAUUGGGGUGCCAGAGCAGCGAACAGCUUUGACUGGGCUGAGCGGGAACUAUGCUUCCGCAGAGGAAGGGGAGCCAGCAGGCCAGAGGUGGAUGAACGCAAUGCCCUCGCCUGGGUGUAGGGACUGAUCAGAGCCUGAAGGUACGGAGGUGCCGUUCCCCUCACUGCUCCAUAGGCAAGCACCAUGGUCUUGUAACGGAUGCGAGCUUCAACUGGAAGCCAGUGGAGUGUGCGGAGGAGGGGGGUGACGUGAGAGAACUUGGGAAGGUUGAACACCAGACGGGCUGCGGCAUUCUGGAUGAGUUGUAGGGGUUUAAUGGCACAGGCAGGGAGCCCAGCCAACAGCGAGUUGCAGUAAUCCAGACGGGAGAUGACAAGUGCCUGGAUUAGGACCUGUGCCGCUUCCUGUGUAAGGCAGGGUCGUACUCUCCGAAUGUUGUAGAGCAUGAACCUGCAGGAUCGGGUCACCGCCUUGAUGUUGGCGGAGAACGACAGGGUGUUGUCCAGGGUCACGCCAAGGCUCUUCGCACUCUGGGAGAAGGACACAACGGAGUUGUCAACCGUGAUGGCGAGAUCAUGGAACGGGCAGUCCUUCCCCGGGAGGAAGAGCAGCUCCGUCUUGCCAGGGUUCAGCUUGAGGUGGUGAUCCGUCAUCCAUACUGAUAUGUCGGCCAGACAUGCAGAGAUGCGAUUCGCCACCUGGUUAUCAGAAGGGGGAAAGGAGAAGAUUAGUUGUGUAUCGUCAGCGUAGCAAUGAUAGGAGAGGCCAUGUGAGGAUAUGACAGAGCCAAGUGACUUGGUGUAUAGGGAGAAAAGGAGAGGGCCUAGAACUGAGCCCUGGGGGACACCAGUGGUGAGAGCACGUGGUGCGGAGACAGCUUCUCGCCACGCCACUUGGUAGGAGCGACCGGUCAGGUAGGACGCAAUCCAGGAGUGAGCCGCGCCGGAGAUGCCCAGCUCGGAGAGGGUGGAGAGGAGGAUCUGAUGGUUCACUGUAUCAAAGGCAGCAGACAGGUCUAGAAGGACAAGAGCAGAGGAGAGAGAGUUAGCUUUAGCAGUGCGGAGAGCCUCCAUGACACAGAGAAGAGCAGUCUCAGUUGAAUGACCAGUCCUGAAACCUGACUGGUUUGGAUCAAGAAGGUCAUUCUGAGAGAGAUAGCAAGAGAGUUGGCUAAAGACGGCACGCUCAAUAGUUUUGGAAAGAAAAGAAAGAAGGGAUACUGGUCUGUAGUUGUUGACAUCAGUGGGAUCGAGUGUUGGUUUUUUGAGAAGGGGUGCAACUCUCGCUCUCUUGAAGACGGAAGGGACAUGGCCAGCGGUCAAGGAUGAGUUGAUCAGCGAGGUGAGGUAGGGGAGAAGGUCACCGGAGAUGGUCUGGAGAAGAGAGGAGGGGAUGGGGUCAAGCGGGCAGGUUGUUGGGCGGCCUGCAGUCACUAGUCGCAAGAUUUUAUCUGGAGAGAGAGGGGAGAAAGAAGUCAAAGCAUAGGGUAGGGCAGUGUGAGCAGGACCAGCAGUGUCAUUAGACUUAACAAACGAGGAUCGGAUGUCGUCAACCUUCUUUUCAAAGUGGUUGACAAAGUCAUCCACAGAGAGGGAGGAGGGAGGAGGGGGGGGGGGGGAUUCAGCAGUGAGGAGAAUGUGGCAAAGAGCUUCCUAGGGUUAGAGGCAGAUGCUUGGAAUUUAGAGUGGUAGAAAGUGGCCUUAGCAGCAGAAACAGAUGAAGAAAAUGUAGAGAGGAGGGAGUGAAAAGAUGCCAGGUCGGCAGGGAGUUUAGUUUUCUUCCAUUUCCGCUCAGCUGCCCGGAGCUCUGUUCUGUGAGCUCGCAAUGAGUCAUCAAGCCACAGAGCUGGAGGGGAGGACCGAGCCGGCCGGGAGGAUAGGGGACACAGGGAGUCAAAGGAUGCAGAAAGGGAGGAGAGGACGGUUGAGGAGGCAGAAUCAGGAGAUUGGAGGGAGAAGGAUUGAGCAGAGGGAAGAGAUGAUAGGAUGGAAGAGGAGAGAGAGAGCGAAGGUUGCGGCGGCGCGUUACCAUCUGUGUAGGGGCAGAGUGAGUAGUGUUGGAGGAGAGCGAGAGAGAAAAGGAUACAAAGUAGUGGUCGGAGACAUGGAGGGGAGUUGCAGUGAGAUUAGUAGAAGAGCAACAUCUAGUAAAGAUGAAGUCAAGCGUAUUGCCUGCCUUGUGAGAGGGUGAGGUCAAAAGAGGAGAGGAGUGGAAAGAAGGAGGCAGAGAGAAAUGAGUCAAAUGUAGACGUGGGGAGGUUGAAAUCCCCCAAGACUGUGAAGGGUGAGCCAUCCUCAGGAAAGGAACUUAUCAAGGCGUCAAGCUCAUUGAUGAACUCUCCAAGGGAACCUGGAGGGCGAUAGAUGACAAGGAUAUUAAGCUUAAAUGGGCUAGUGACUGUGACAGCGUGGAAUUCAAAUGAGGAGAUAGACAGAUGGGUUAGGGGAAAAAUUGAGAAUGACCACUUGGGAGAGAUGAGGAUUCCUGUGCCACCACCCCUCUGACCAGAUGCUCUCGGGGUAUGAGAGGUCACAUGGUCAGACGAGGAGAGAGCAGUAGGAGUAGCAGUGUUUUCAGUGGUAAUCCAUGUUUCCGUCAGUGCCAGGAAGUCGAGGGACUGGAGGGUGGCAUAGGCUGGGAUGAAGUCAGCCUUGUUGGCGGCAGAACGGCAGUUCCAGAGGCUGCCUGAGACCUGGAACUCCAGGUGUGUGGUGCGUGCAGGGACCACCAGGUUAGAGAGGCAGCAGCAGCUGUGAUUUUGUAGCCUGUCGGAUAGGAGAAACAGGGUCAGACAUAGUUAUGCAGCUGCUACAUUGAGAGGAGAUCGGAUACAUGAACUAACAUCAGUCCCUCAGUAUAUUAUAUAUAACACCGUUCACCUCAGAAACAUAAUGUUUCAUGACACAGUAAAACCUCCCAACUUCCCUUUAGAUAGAUUUUGUUUCUACAGCCUGUUAUCAGUAGCUGUAUUAGUAAGCUACCCAAUAUGCCUAUUGUGUCUGUCUCUCUCUAUAUCAGCUCUGCCACCUCCCUCAGUUAUCACCGAUAGCAUCACAGAAGACUCGAUGAGCCUGUCUUUCAGCUUUAACUCCCAAUAUGAGGUCAGUUGGUGGCGUCUCUGUGUGAGUAAGUGCUUGUCUAUGUAUUCUAACUUGUCAUAUAAUUAUACCGUUGUUCCGUGGGUGUGUGCAGGUGAGGCAGUAUAUGGUGGUGCUGUCCUGGGUGUUUGAUGCUCACGUGAAGGAGAGUAGGAACUACACCGUGCGAGGCAGCAUACUGAAAGGUACGCACCUUUCUGCCACUAGUGUCCACACAUAUUCUGACAAUAAAAUAAGUGUUUUUCAAACACAUAACUUCGUCAUAUACACACACUUCUGUGUUUUACAUAUCCUAAUCCAACUCUGUCUGUCUGUCUGUCUCUGUAUCUACCUGUACACUUGAAGCUGCCAACCUGACCACGGGGACCAUCUACGAGGUGGCUGUGUGGGCCCACACCAGUGUAGGAGACAGCCCCACAGCCCUGUCCCGCCAGCAGACCAAAGGCACCCAGCCGGAGCCUCCCCUCCUCAAGGCCCGGGCCCUCAACCAGAGCUCUGUGGACUGCAGCUGGACUGUAACCGGCUCCCCUGCACAGGUAACACAGACACAGUAUGACAGCUACUGUAUUACAGACAUGGGUCAUGUUCAUUAGGUCACGCAACAGAAAACAUCAUUCAAUGUUUUUUGACCGAAAACGAAAAUGAGCGUUUCUUAUUGGACAAGUUCAGGUUGUCCCUAUUCUAGUCUGUUUUCUUCUAUUUGGUGCCUAAUGAACAUGACCCUGGGUUUAAGUAAUAUCUGUAGUAUACUUUGAAAUGCUUCAAGCAUUUGAUUGAGCCUCUCGAGUGCCUGAUGGGUGGGGUUUGCACUAUUCCAUUGGUUCCAUUACGCCAGGCAAACUCAAUUAAGUGAGUUCCCACAAGCAAAAUAUAAUAUGGAAUUUCAUAGAUGAGUCAUAAUUGAUUGGAUUUAUAAAGCGCUUUUCCAGAUGCUCAAAGCUCUUUACAUAGUAAGGGGGAACUCGCCUCAUCCACCGCUAAUGUGAAGCACCCAGCUGGAGUAGUGUGGCUCCCUGUGCAGCUAGUGAUGUACUGUGUGGUGGUUGUUGUGUCUGCCUGUACAGGUGUAUGGCAUCUUCUUUGCCACCUCCUUCUUGGACCUGUACCGCAGCCCUCGCAGUGUGAACACCAGCGCUAGCAGCCGGAACGUCACUGUGGACAGUGAUGAGCAGUACCUGUUCCUCGUGAGUUCACCCCCUAUUCCUCUUAACCCUGAUUCCUCUCUCAUUGCCUCAGAUACAGAAUCAGAAAACUUUAUUGACAUGCAACACGAUUGGCUAGGUAUUUUUCUUUGUUGCCCCAGAUUCCAUUUUGGUCUUAACGGUACUGAACUGUAAAAUUAUCGACUGCAGAAAAUCCACUCACAGUUAACCUAUGUGUACAUUUUGGUUUCUAAAGAACAAUAUCUCAAUGUGUUUGUGCGUGUGUGUGUGUGCUUGUGCGUGUGUGUGUGUGUGUGUGCUUGUGCUUGUGCACGUGUGUGUGACAGGUGCGGGCCAUCUCUCCCUACCUGGGCCCUCCCUCGGAGUCUGCGGUAGUUAAGAUGAUUCCCAACGAACGGCUGCCUCCUCGUAACCUGCACAAGGUGCGCGUUGAGAAGACCCAGGCUACGUUGAAGUGGCAGCCUCCCUACGACUCCCCCAGCACUCCUCUGGUACGGCCAACCUCAAGCGUCAGCUCUUUCCGAUUCAUUUUGUCUGGUUCUUUGGUUAAAGUGAGAACUUUUUUGAAGUAAGUAGAAGCUUAAACUUAAAAACAGACCCAAAGUGUGGAUUGCAGUCUCUCCUUGUCCAUAGACUUCUUUCAGUGUAAGGAAACUUUAUUGUUUGAAAAUGUAAUUUAAUAUAGCCUCUCAAUCUGACCGCUAGGGCCUUGAACAACAACAAGAUGUAUAGUAUACCUAGGCUACUGAUAUACAGUGCCUACGGAAAAUAUUCAGACCUCUUGACUUUUUAAACAUAUGUUAGGUUACAGUCUUAUUCUAAAAUUGAUUAAAUAGAUUUUUCCCAUCAUCAAUCUACAUACAAUACCCCAUAAUGACAAAGCAAAAACAGGUUUUUAGAAAUUUUAGCAAAUGUACUAAACAUUUAUAACUGAAAUAUCAAAUUUACAUAAGUAUUGUUGAAGCACCUUUGGCAGCGAUUACAGCCUUGAGUCUUCUUGGGUAUGAUGCUACAAGCUUGGCACACCUGUAUUUGGGGAGUUUCUCCCAUUCUUCUCUGCAGAUCCUCUCAAGCUCUGUCAGGUUGGAUGGGGAGCGUUGCUGCACAGCUAUUUUCAGGUCUCUCCAGAGAUGUUAGAUCGGGUUCAAGUACGGGCUAUGGCUGAGCCACUCAAGGACAUUCAGAGACUUGUCCCGAAUCCACUCUUGCGUUGUCUUGGCUGUGUGCUUAGGGUCGUUGUCCUGUUGGAAGGUGAAUCUUCGCCCCAGUCUGAGGUCCUGAGCGCUCUGGCGCAGGUUUUCAUCAAGGAUCUCUCUGUACUUUGCUCCAUUCAUUUUUGCCUCGAUCCUGACUAGUCUACCAGUCCCUGCCGCUGAAGAACAUCCCCACAGCAUGAUGCUACCACCACCAUGCUUUCACCGUAGAUUUGGUGGCAGGUUUCCUCCAGACGUGACGCUUAGCAUCUAGGCCAAAUAGUUAAUUAUUGGUUUCAUCAGACCAGAGAAUCUUGUUUCUCAUGGUCUGAGAGUCAUUAAUUGCCUUUUGGCAAACUCCAAGCGGCUAUCAUGUGCCUUUUACUGAGGAGUGGCUUCCGUCUGGCCACUCUACCAUAAAGGCCUGAUUUCUGGAGUGCUGCAGAGAUGGUUGUCCUUCUGGAAGGUUCUCCCAUCUCCACAGAGGAACUCUAGAGCUCUAUCAGAGUGACAAUUGGUUUGUUGGUCACCUCCCUGACCAAGGCCUUUCUCCCCCGAUUGUUCAGUUUGGCCGGGCGGCCAGCUCUAGAAAGAGUCUUGGUGGUUCUAAACUUAUUCCAUUUAAGAAUGGAGGCCACUGUGUUCUUGGGGACCUUCAAUGCUGCAGAAAUGUUUGGUACUUUUCCCCAGAUAUGUGCCUCGACACAAUCCUGUCUCGGAGCUCUACGGACAAUUCCUUCGACCUCAUGGCUUGGUUUUUGCUCUGACAUGCACUGUCAACUGUGGGACCUUAUAUAGACAGGUGUGUGUGCCUUCCAAAUCAUGUCCAAUCAAUUGAAUUUACCACAGACGGACUCCAAUCAAGUUGUAGAAACAUCUCAAGGAUGAUCAAUGGAAACAGGAUGCACCUGAACUCAAUUUUGUGUCUCAUAGCAAAGGGUCUGAAUACUUAUGUAAAUAAGGUAUUUCUGAUUUCUAAAAACCUGUUUUCGCUUUGUUAUUAUGGGGUAAUGUGUGUAGAUUGCUAAGGAUUGUACAUUUUUUAAAUCCAUUUUAGAAUAAGGCUGUAACAUAACAAAAUGUGUAAAAAGUCAAGGGGUCUGAAUACUUUCCGAAGCCACUGAACAAAAAUAUAAACGCAACAUGCAAAAAUUUCAUAGAUCUUUCUGAGUUGCAGUUCAUAUGAGGAAAUUAGUCAAUUUAAAUAAAUAAAUUAGGCCCUAAUCUAUGGAUUUCACAUAACUGGGAAUACAGGCAUCUGUAGGUCACAGAUACCUUAAAAAAAUGGGCCUCACAAUGGCCCUCGGGAUCUGGUCACGGUAUUAUUGUGCAUUCAAAUUGCCAUCGAUAAAACGCAAUUGUGUUUGUUUUCAGUAGCUUAUGCCUGCCCAUACCAUAACCCCACCGCCACCAUGGGGCACUCUGUUCACAACGUUGACAUCAGCAAACAGCUCGCCCACAUGAUUCCAUACACGUGGUCUGCGGUUGUGAGGCCGGUUGGACGUACUGCCAAAUUCUCUAAAACGACGUGUAGAGAAAUUGUAGAGAAGUUAACAUUCAAUUCUCUGGCAACAGCUCAGGUGGACAUUCCUGACGUCAGCAUGCCAAUUGCACGCUCCCUCAAAACUUGAGUCAAUCAAUCAAUCAAAUGUAUUUAUCAAGCCCUUUUUACAUCAGCAGAUGUCACAAAGUGCUAUACAGAAACCUGUGUCAUGAGUUAUCUGUGGCAUUGUGUUGUGUGACAAAACUGCACAUUUUAGAGUGGCCUUUUAUUGUCCCCAGCAUAAGGUGCACCUGUGUAAUGAUCAUGCUGUUUAAUCAGCUUCUUGAUAUGCCACACCUGUCAGGUGGAUGGAUUAUCUUGGCAAAGGAGAAAUGCUCACUAACAGGGAUGUAAACAAAUUUGUGCACAAAAUUUGAGAGAAAUAAGCAUUUUGUGCAUAUGGAAAAUUUCGGGGAUCUUUUAUUUCAGCUCAUGAAACAUGGAACCAACACUUUACAUGUUGUGUUUAUAUUGUGGUUCAGUGUAGUACCAUGAACAGUUGUCCCACACAAGGGCGCCUGUAGACCUAACCAUCAACUUGUGUGUCCAUGGUUGGGUCUCAAAUGACACCCUAUUCCCUUUUAAAUGCACUACUUUUGACUAGGGCUCUGGUUAUUAGGGUGCCAUUUUGGAUGCAACCACGUCUGUUGUUUAUUGUUCUUCUGUUGUAUUAUAUUACUGUAAACUGUGUUGAGAUUGUUAAAUGCACUUUCAAUAAAGUUUGAUUUGGAUGUGUCUGUCCCGUGCAGACGUACGCGGUGCACCUGAAGGACGUGGUGCGUAAGACGGAGAGCAGCUACAAGCUGACCACCCAGAACAACACGGUGGAGUACUGCCUCAAGGGCCUGGAGCCCGGCGGACGCUACAGCGUCACCGUCCGCCUGCGCAACAUGAGCAAGGAGGCCAGCUACACGCUCAACACAAGUAUGGCCCAGCUUAUGUCCCGGGGACGGGCGCGUUCCAGGUCAUCUUUAUUACAGCCGACGAUCAGCAGUUUUCUUUCCCACGAUGCCUGGGGAAGAGUUACAACAUCUCAGGGGCCAUGUUAAUGUGAUGUAGCGAUCUUCUGGCGUGUGCAGCCCGACUGCAAUAUAGAUAGAUGACCUGGAACGCGCCCACAACCUGUUAUAUAGUGGCUGGGGACUAGUCAGGGUUUCUGGAAUAUUAAAGGAGUUAAAGCUAGAGCACCAACAGAUCUGAGGAGACCACAUUCAAAACCCGGUGGGGAUUGUUCAAACAUUAACAUAAUUGUAUGAAUGUAUGUUGUUAAAGUGUUUUCCUUCUUCUCUGUGUGGACAUAGUGCCCCUGCCUGCUCCAGAGGCUCUGAAGAUCCUGACGGAGAAAGACCAUGUGUUCCUCUUCUGGAAGAGUUUGGUCGUGAAGGAGAGGAGCUUCAAUGAGAGCAGGGUGAGGGACACACACACACACACACAGUUGUCUCUCUCUGUGAUGACAGAUCUACCCCCCUGUCUUUUAUUUCCUCUGAUAUUCACCAUCAAUGUCUGUCUGUCUCUGUCUGUCUUUCUCUGUCUGUCUGCACGUUUGUGCACAUCCGUGCUCGGUGUCUCUCCGCAGGGCUACGAGGUGCACGUGUACGACAGCCUGUCCAACUCCACCGUGCUCCUGGGUAACACCACGGAGACCUUCUUCCGGAUCAGCAGCCUGCUGGCGGGCCACAACUACACCUUCUCCGUCCAGGCCCGCUGCCUGCUCAACGGACAGCUGUGUGGCGAGCCCGCUCUGCUGCUCUAUGACCAGCUGGGACAAGGUGAGAGGGGGAGGGGACACUGGGGAGGAUGGGAAGUUACGGGACAGAACAUGCAUAAAUCCUAAACGUCGGUUUCAGUAACAAUGUGUGGUGACAUUCAUACAAUUGAUGGAUAUGAUGAUCGUUUUCCAUGUUAAUCUACCUUCAUUCAUCAACUUUGUGAGAUAAAAGUAUAUAAAGAAUCUCUCAUAAUGGCACCCUCCCGCCUCUGCCCCCCCCCCCCCCCCCCCCUCCUGCAGGUCCCAGUGACGCGGUGCGGAGCUCGGGUCAGUCAAGGGACAUGGCGGUAGUGGUGGUGCCGGUGCUGUUCCUGCUGCUGCUGGGGCUGUGUGGGGGCCUGGUGGUCCUGUACCUGAGGCACCGCCGCCUGCAGAACAACUUCACCGCCUUCGCCAACAGCCACUACAACUCCCGCCUGGGCUCGGCCAUCUUCUCCUCAGGGGACGAGCUGGGUAAGACUCCUUGGUUUAGUUCUAUAUCGAAGUAGCCCCAUACAUCCGUAAUUGCGGUGCUCCCUUGUUUUGUGCUCCUUUGCAGGACGCUUGAUGUUACUGUUGACUGUGCCUGCGUGUGAUGGCUGCUAUGGAGCCUAAUGUUAUCAGUCUACACUGUUGAACUUGAACCACGUUGUCUUUAUUUGUGAAUUAACACCCAUAGAGUAUCCCUCUCUACGUCCAUCUGAUUGGCACGGCUUUUGGUCAAUACUUUCUAGGGCCCGGAGUUUCUCCUGACCGUGUGACCUGACCAGAAAAACUAUGGGCCCCAGUUAAAGGCUGUGCUGCUAGGGACUAUAGUUUGUCCUUGUCGGGUCCCAUCGUCCGGAGAAACUCCUGGCCCCACUCAUUUCUCAUGGGUAUGACCAGGAUCAUAAACCACAUUUUUCCAUGAUCCGUUCUGAUGCAACUAUCAUGUCAUUCUUCCAUUUCCUGCUUAAAGGUGACGAUGAGGAAGACGCCCCCAUGAUCAGCGGCUUCUCAGACGACGUUCCCAUGGUGAUUGCGUAGCAGGACCACCCCUUCACUUCUUCUCCUCCCUAUCACUCUACUACCACACUCUGCCCUGCCUGUCCCAACCUGUCACCUACGCGCCGGUGCCCACGUGGUACGACAAGAAAGAAGGUGCGCCAACACUUUCGUCAACCAACCCCCUCCGAGAAAAAAGUCUUAUACGAUUCAGGAUCAAUGGAAGAAAAAGUGAAACGACAGAUAUUUUUUAAAAUAAAAAUACGAUGCACUUUUUUGGGAUGUGCAAGAACUUAUUUUUUUAUACAUAAUAUAUAUAUAUAUAUAUAUAUCGGUCAAAGGACUUUGUUGGGCGAGAACUGAUGCUAACUGCGAAGGAUUAUGAGUUUGUCAGCGAGUGCGUGUUAGAGUCGCCCGGAAAAUAUACUCUUUUGAAUUACAAACUCACUCCAUAAAGAGCAGUUUAUUGCUUGAAGCCAAAAUAAGCACCUAGCGACUGGAAUAUCCAAUGCAGAAAAAACACACAUAAUACUGUAUAUGUAAA